AUGCACGCUGAAGCGCUGGCGACGCCGGCCAGCGAUGAAGGUGAAUUGGCACCGCCGCCGUCCAACUACGUCUUGAAGCUCGACUUGCGCUUGAUACCUUUGUUGGGCUGCACGUAUACCAUCCUCUUUUUGGAUCGUACAAACAUUGCCAAUGCUAGGAUCGAGGGCUUGGAGAAAGGCCUCAACAUGCCCAGCAACGGCUACAACACCUGCCUCUGGAUUUUCUUCAUCCCGUUCGUGCUGGUCGAGAUCCCAAGCAACAUGAUCAUGGGCCUGCCGCGUGUGAAACCCAAUCUCUUCUUGGGUUUCAGUAUGCUUAUUCUCGGGAUAAUAUCCAUGUGUCAAGGCCUCACUCAUAGCUACGGUGGACUACUGGCUUGUCGCUUCUUAAUGGGUAUCCUCGAGGCCACGCUUCCGGCAGGCGCAGCCCUUCUCCUCAGCGAGUACUACACACGCAAAGAGCAACCCAUUCGGUUUGCCAUGUUCUUUACCUUCGGCGUGCUUGGCCCGUUGGUGAGCGGUCUGCUGGCCUACGGCAUCCGGCACAUGAACGGGAUUCAAGGAAAAGAAGGCUGGCGCUGGAUAUUCAUCAUCGAGGGUCUAGGGACAAUAGCCAUUUCGUUCCUGGUGUUCCUGUUCGUGCCCAACUUCCCGGAAAAGACCGACAUUCUCUCCGGGGCUGAAAAGGCACACUUGCUGGAGAAAUUGAGGCGCGACAAAGGAGAUCAGAAGCUCUCGAUGAGAUCUGUAAAAUGGCUUCCUAUUUUUACCGACUACAAGAUUUGGCUACCUACUGCGAUGUUCUUCUGCUGCGACAUGACGGCUGCCUCGAUUACUUCGUUCACGCCUACCAUUCUGACUGAACUCGGCUGGAAAGCUGAACGUGCGCAGGUCAUGUCUAUUCCCAUCUGGGCGACUGGGUUCAUGUUUGAACUAGGUGCGGGAUUCCUCUCCAGCCGAACAGGCCUGCGGUUUCCUUUUAUGCUCUUUGGCAUCAUGAUGGCCACAAUUGGGUGGAUAAUCCAGAUUGUCUAUUCCGAAUCCAAGGACCUAUCCCCUGGUGUACGAUACUUCUCGCUCUUUGCGAUGAGCGCGGGCACUUUCCUGCAGAUGGCGAUGACUGUGUCAUGGAUGACAAACAACCUGCGCGGUAGGGCAAGUGUGGCCGUUGGUACGGCUAUGAUCUUGGGCCUGGGUAACUGCGCCAAUUUUGUCGCAAGCAAUGUUUUCAUCAAGCGUGAGGCGCCGUACUAUCCCACCGGCUUCCGAACUGGACUCACCAUUACCGUAGCAGGUGCAGUAUUAUGCUUAGUUCAUGUGGCGUUGCUCUGGUGGCAUAAUCAGAAGCUGGGCCGGAAAAGGGCAGAAGUCGGAGGCGAGGACGACCAGUGGGAGUACAAGUAUCAAUACUAG